GCUCCCGAUGAUCCGAUCCUGAUUCAGCCAUAUUCCCAGCGAGCAGCCACACCGGCAGCCUCCUCUAACACCCAGAAACCGUCUGAAGACGCCCGCGGCGCGCCCUCCCGGUCUUAACGGUUGGUAUUGUUCGACCCGAGUCCGUCCCGGUUCCGUCCCGGUUCCCCCGGACAUGUUACCGAGCUGAGGGACCUGCGAGAGGACAUGGAUCCGCCGCGGACAGCCUGAGAGAGGCGACGGUCUGACCGACAUCCCGAAUCUGAGAGCAGAGUCCAGAUUGACCGGGAUCACGGACCGGGGAGGGCCCACGUACUGAACCGCUCCAGACACGACGGACUGACGGAAAGACGGAAACCGGCGGACACUCACCGACACACCGACGACUGGACUCUAUAAAAUGUCGGGAAUGUUCUCCAGGAGCUAACGAGCUAGCUGCAGCUAGCAGGCUGAGCUCGGCUCGGCUCGGCAGGACUCGGCAGGAGUCGGAGGCUGGGCGGCGGGGAGCUCUCGGACUGUGCGGCGGGGCUUGUGUCGUACUGUAGCCGGGGCGGAGGGGCUGUUCCCGGGCACGAUGUCGGCUCAGGACCGCCUGAAGAGACUGGAGGAGCUGCUGCUGGAGCAGAAGGAGGCGGGCUGCCUCAGUGUGGAGGCGCUGCUCGACCUGCUGCUCUGCUUCUGCGCAGAAGUGUCCCAGACCCCGCUCCGCAGGGACAAGCACGUCCAUGACUUCCUGGAUUGGGUGAAACCGUUCACCAGCACCGUGAAGAACAUGAGGCUCCACAGAGACGACUUUGAGAUGCUCAAGGUGAUUGGACGAGGAGCUUUUGGAGAGGUUGCCGUGGUGAAGAUGAAGCACACAGAGAGAGUGUAUGCGAUGAAGAUUCUCAAUAAGUGGGAGAUGUUAAAGAGAGCUGAGACGGCGUGUUUCAGAGAGGAGCGAGACGUCCUGGUGAAAGGAGACAGUCAGUGGAUCACAACUCUGCACUACGCGUUCCAGGAUGAAAACUUCCUGUACCUGGUGAUGGAUUACUACGUGGGCGGCGACCUGCUGACUCUCCUCAGUAAAUUUGAGGAUCGUCUGCCGGAGGACAUGUCCAGGUUCUACGUCGCCGAGAUGGUGCUCGCCAUCCACUCCAUCCACCAGCAGAACUACAUCCACAGAGACAUCAAACCAGACAACGUCCUGCUGGACGUCAACGGGCACAUCCGCCUGGCCGACUUUGGGUCCUGUCUCCGCAUGAUGGAGGACGGCACGGUGCAGUCCUCGGUGGCAGUGGGCACUCCGGAUUACAUCUCCCCAGAAAUCCUGCAGGCCAUGGAGGACGGGAUGGGCCGCUAUGGUCCAGAGUGUGACUGGUGGUCUCUGGGGGUCUGCAUGUACGAGAUGCUGUACGGAGAAACACCGUUCUAUGCCGAGUCUCUGGUGGAGACGUACGGGAAGAUCAUGAACCACGAGGAUCGUUUCCAGUUCCCUUCUCAUGUCACCGACGUGUCCGAGGAUGCCAAAGACCUGAUCCAGCUCCUCCUCUGCUCACGGGAAGGCCGACUCGGUGUGAACGGGAUCUCUGACUUCAAGAGUCACCCGUUCUUCAAAGGGAUUGACUGGGACAACAUCCGUUCUGCUGAGGCCCCGUACAUCCCCGACGUGUCCUCCCCAACCGACACAUCAAACUUCGACGUGGACGACGAUGUCCUCAAGAACCCGGACAUCAGCCCACCGGUGUCUCAUACUGGUUUUACUGGUCAGCACCUCCCCUUCGUGGGCUUCACCUAUACCACCAACAGCUGCUUCUCUGACCGCAGCUCGGUGAGCCAGGUGGGUCUCAGCCAGGAGGAGGUGGGGGGAGGAGGAGGUGGAGGAGGGCAGGAGGUGGAGGCGUUUGAGAGGAGGAUCCGCCGUCUGGAGCAGGAGAAACAGGAACUGAACCGAAAACUGCAGGAGUCCACUCAGGCUCUUCAGGCUCCGUCGUCUCGAGGAGGAACUCUGAGUCGAGACAAAGAGAUCAAGAAACUGAACGAGGAGAUCGAGCGUCUGAAGAAGAAGCUGGCAGACUCUGAUAGGCUGGAGCACCAGCUGGAGGAGGCGGUCUCUCUCAGACAGGACUACGAGAGCUCCUCCUCCAAACUGAAAACUCUGGAGAAGCAGGUGAAGACCCUGAGACAGGAGAAGGACGAGGUGCACAAGCAGCUGGCGGAUUCUCUGGAGCGUCUCCGCAGUCAGACCAAGGAGCUGAAGGAGGCGCACUCUCAGAGGAAGCUCGCCCUGCAGGAGUUCUCCGAGCUGUCGGAGAGGAUGGCCGACCUGCGCUCGGCCAAACAGCGUCUGUCCCGUCAGCUGAGGGACAAGGAGGACGAGAUGGACGCUCUGCUGCAGAAGAUGGAAGCCAUGAGGCAGGAGAUCCGCAAGACCGAGAAGAACCGCAAGGAGCUGGAGGCUCAGCUGGACGACGCCAAGGCCGAGGCGUCAAAGGAGAGGAAGCUGAGGGAGCACAGCGAGGGCUACUCCAAACAGCUGGAGGCGGAGCUAGAGAGCCUUAAGUCUCAGCAGGGUCGGGGAGCUGCAGCAGGGGGGGCGGAUUCUCAGCAGGAGCUGUCCCGUCUGAAGGCGGAGCUCGAUAAGAAGGUCUUGUUCUACGAGGAGGAGCUUCUGAGGAGAGACUCCGCCCACUCAUCCGAGAUCAAGAACAUCCGUAAAGACCUGCACGAGUCCGAGGGGGCCCAGCUCGCCGCCAACAAGGAGCUGCUGACGAUCCGAGACCGGCUGGACAAGGACAAGAGGGACAGGCAGGUGGAGAUGGAUGAAGCUGUAUCUGACCUGAAGCAGAAACAUGAACGAGAGAAGAACCUGCUGACAGAAGAGAACCGCAAACUGACUGCUGAGACCGACAAGCUGUGCUCCUUCGUGGACAGGUUGACCACUCAGAAUCGUCAGCUGGAGGACGACCUUCAGGACAUUUCCUCUAAGAAGGAGAGCGUCGCUCACUGGGAGGCUCAGAUCGCUGAGAUCAUCCAGUGGGUGAGUGAUGAGAAAGACGCUCGUGGUUACCUUCAGGCUCUGGCCACCAAGAUGACGGAGGAGCUGGAGACCCUGAGGAGCUCCAGUCUGGGAACAAGACCUCUGCCUGAGUCAGGAUUGGCCACACCCCCUAAGAAGCCGUGGCCUCCUAUUGGUGGAGACAGGCGGGACCCCCUGUGGAAGGUGCGGCGCAGUCAGAAGCUGGACAUGUCGGCCCGUCUGGAGCUGCAGUCGGCUCUGGACGCAGAGAUCAGAGCCAAACAGCUGCUGCAGGACGAGCUGAGGAGGAUGAAGGCUUCUAACAUCAGCCUGGAGAGUAAGCUGAAGGAGUCGGAGGAGAGUCGUAAGGAGAUGGGUGAGCAGGUGGAGGGUCUGAAGAAGGAGAUGGAGGAGAGUCGCUCCCACCCUGACAGAGGUCUGAAGCUUCCAGAUUUCCAGGACUCCAUCUUUGAAUAUUUCAACACGUCUCCUCUUGCUCCAGACCUCACCUUCAGAGCGUCACUUUGCUCCUCCUCCUCGCUACUCGCACUCUGGGAAGAAACCGCUGACCUGGACUCCACCCCACAGAAAUCAGAGACCACGCCCCCCUCGCCCUCCACCACCUCUGAACACGAGGAAGUCAAAGCAGCGUCAGUCCCAACAAGCCCCUCCCCCCCUUACCAGAGCUCCACCCUCAGCACACCAAAGCCCAAAGCUCAUCAGCUGAGCAUCAAGACAUUCUCCAGCCCGACCCAGUGCACCCACUGCACCUCCCUGAUGGUCGGCCUCAUGCGCCAGGGAUACGCCUGUGAAGUGUGUUCCUUUAUCUGCCACGUGUCCUGCAAAGACCACGCCCCCCUGGUCUGUCCAAUCCCGGCCGAGCAUGCCAAGAGGCCGCAGGGCAUCGAUGUCCAGAGAGGCAUCGGCACCGCCUACAAGGGCUACGUCAGGAUCCCAAAGCCGAGUGGCGUGAAGAAGGGCUGGCAGCGAGCGUUCGCCGUGGUCUCUGAUUGUAAACUGUUCCUCUACGAUGUACUGGAGGGAAAGUCCACCCAGCCAGGUGUGGUGGCCAGUCUGGUCCUGGAUCUCAGAGACGAGGAGUUCUCCGUUAGCUCUGUGUUGGCGUCUGAUGUCAUCCACGCCACCAGGAAGGACGUCCCCUGCAUCUUCAGGGUGACGUCUGCUCAGCUGGUCUCUCAGCUGUCCGCCGUGUCUCUGCUGGUGCUGGCGGAGAGCGAGGAGGAGAAGAGGAAGUGGGUCAGGAUCCUGGAGGGUCUGCAGAACAUCCUGACCAAGAACCUGCUCAGGAACCGACAGGUGCACGUCCUGAACGAGGCCUACGACGCCUCGCUGCCCAUCAUCAAGACCACACUGUCUGCUGCCGUGCUCGAUCGAGAGAGGAUCGUUCUGGGAACAGAAGACGGACUGUUUGUGGUGGAGGUCACCAGAGACGUGAUCGUGAGAGCAGCAGACAGUAAGAAGGUUUGUCAGAUCGACUUGAUCCCGAAGGAGAAGAUCAUCGCUCUGCUCUGUGGCAGGAACCGCCACGUUCACCUUCACGCCUGGGGGGCGCUGGAGGGAGCAGAGUCCUCCUUUGACAUCAAACUGACAGAGACCAAAGGCUGCCAGGCUCUGACCACGGGGGUGCUCCGGCCUGGAGGCCCCGCCUGCCUGCUGGCCUCCGUCAAACGUCAGGUUCAGUGUUACGAGAUCACGCGAGUGAAGCCCCACUAUAAGAAGCUGUGGGAGGUGCAGGCUCCAGGUGUGGUGCAGUGGUUGGGUAUGGUGAGGGAGCGGCUCUGUGUCGGUUAUCCUUCGGGCUUCGCUCUGCUCGCCCUGCAGGGGGAGUCUUCCCCCGUCAGCCUGGUGAGUCCAGGGGACCCGUCCCUGGCCUUCCUGUCCCAGCAGCCUCUGGACGCCCUGCACGCCCUCGAGGUGGGAUCGACCGAGCUGCUGCUCUGCUUCAGCCAUCUCGGCAUCUAUGUGGACGGACAGGGACGCCGCUCCAGAACGCACGAGCUGAUGUGGCCGGCCACGCCCCUCGCAUGCAGCUCUAACUCCUCCCACCUGACGGUCUACAGCGAGUAUGGAGUCGAUGUCUUCGACAUUCACACCACAGAGUGGGUCCAAACCAUCUCCCUCCGCAAGAUCAGACCUCUGAAUGUUGAGGGGACAUUAAACCUGCUGAGUUCAGAACCUCCUCGUCUGAUUUACUUCAGCAACAGCUCAUCAGAGGGAGACCUCACCAUCCCUGACACGUCAGACCACAGCAGGAAGUUGAUGGUUCGAACUCGCAGCAAACGGAAGUUCCUCUUUAAGGUUCCUGAGGAGGAGCGGAUUCAGCAGAGGAGGGAGAUGCUGAGGGAUCCGGAGCUGAGGUCUAAGAUGAUCUCUAAUCCUACAAACUUUAACCACGUGGCCCACAUGGGACCAGGAGACGGCAUGCAGGUCCUCAUGGACCUCCCUCUGGUUGGUGAUGUCACCGCCUUCACCCCCUCCCCUUCUCCCUCCCCCUCCUCCUCUUCCUCCCGUCACACCCUCAUUUCUCCCCCUUCCAACUUUGAGCACGUCUAUCACAUGACCUCGGCAUCGGCCGGCGCCUUCUUGCAGAAAGACGCCUCCUCUUCCUCCUCCCAGCAGAGCCUCCUGCAGCCUUCCUCCUCCUCCUCCUCUCCCUCCACCUCCUCUCUGGGAAGGAGUGUGAUGCAUUCCUCCCAGGAGGACUCCAUCAAAGACAAGCCCCGCCCACUGUCCAGUAUCUCCCGGCAACAGAGAAGCAAGUCACACAUCACUCGAACAGCCUCAGAUUUUGGAGGAGGAGCUUCUUCUCGCAGUAUUUCUGAUCCAGACCAGGACCUGGACCGAGAGCCGGACUCGGACUCGACCAAACACUCGACCCCCUCCAACAGUUCUAACCCCAGCAGCCCCCCCAGUCCAAACUCCCCCCAUCGCAGUCAACUCACCCUCGACGGUCUGGAAAUGGACCCCUGAUGCCCCACCCCCAUUUAAGAGGCUCCGCCCUGUAUACAGCUGAGCAAGGAGGAGGGGCUUAAAUAACCAAUCAGGCUGCAGACUGAGAGUUUAGAUUUUACUUGAUAAUUUUAUUGUUGCGGGUGAGUUUGUGCUUCCUGCUGCUUUUAUAUUUGUUGGAUUUUACCUGCUGGGAAGCCACGCCCCCUGGUUUAAACCCCACCCCUGCUGAUGGCUGCUGUGUGUUUGACUUAAGUCUGAUUGGCUAAGGGACCAAUCAACUCCUCCUUCUUUUUAACUGACUCUGUUAAGCUUUAGCGUGCUGUUAGCUGCUAAGCUAACUGUGGCUACCUUCCUGACAGACAGGAGGUCUCACUCUGAUGGAAAAACACUGUAUGAAUUAUUUUAAAGUUUUCUUAAAGUUGCACAUCAUCAUCAUCAUCAUCAUCAUCAUCAUCAUUGUUGUUGUUGUUGUUGUUGUUGUUGUAGGAGAAAAAAAAUCUUUGAUUUUGUGUCAGUGAUGAUAUUUCCUGUUUUAUCCCUUGACCCUGCCCAGGUGAGGGGGGGGGGUGGGGUGCACACCUGAACACUACUGCUUUGUUUCUUCCAGAAUCACCAGUUAAAGAAUCUUUGUAAUUAUGAAAUAUGUUAGCAGCUGAACAGAAAUCAAUAAAAGACUCUGAAGAGAA